AUGAAGAAGACCUGCAGCUCUCAGCUGAGGCGCUCUGCCGUCCUCGUCCUGGUCCUUCACAGCCUCACUGCGCUCUCCCAAAUUGACCAUGAAAUCACAUAUGUGGUUGGUUGUUAUAAGGAUGGUCCAGCUCAAGUUCAGUUUGAAUUAGAUUCCGAGGAGAUGAUGUAUGCGGACUUUGACAACGGCACACUUGUAUACACCUUUCCUUCUUUUUUCAUGUUUGACCCAACUAAAGUAUUUGAUACAGAUGAAUUCUUUAGAAAUGCCAGAAAAGCCAAAAAAUCAUGUCCGCUUGUUUUGACAUACGUGAUCGGAGAAGAGAAACAUCCACCAGAAAACACAGAUCCCCCUGAGAGCAUCCUCUACUCUGCUGAAGAAGUGAAGUUUGGAGCUGAAAACACGCUCGUCUGCUUUGUAAACCACUUCUUCCCUCCUUCCAUCAAAGUCAGCUGGACCAAAAACAACCAGCCGGUGUCAGAGGGGGUGUCGCUCAGUCGAUAUUAUCCCAACAGCGACCGAACCUUCCAGCAGUUCUCCACCCUGAAGUUCACCCCAAACAAAGGUGACAUCUACUCAUGCACUGUGGAGCACGAGGCUUUGAAGAGUCCCAAAACAAGAAUCUGGGAAUCGGAUGUCGCUCAUGAAAGUCACUCAGUGGGCUGGGACAUUUACUGUGUUUUGGGUCUGGGCUUUGGCUUUCUGGGAGUCGCUAUUGGCACAUUUUUGAUUGUCAAGGGACUCCAAAAAAAGCAAUUAGUUGCUAUUUGA